CAAACGCGUUCCCAAACACCCCCCAAUUCCCAUACCACUCAUCUCAUCUAUAUCUACAUAACCCAAAUAUCAAUCGCCUCCUUCCCUUUUCCCAACACACGUACCCCCUAUUUACUCCAGAUUGAGCGUGCGCUGAAAUGGCAGGAAUUUCUCAGGACUGGGAGCCGGUGGUGAUCCGAAAGAAGGCACCCACCGCUGCCGCUAGGAAGGAUGAGAAAGCCGUCAACGCUGCUCGCCGCGCCGGAGCGGAGAUUGAAACCGUCAAAAAAUCAAAUGCGGGGACGAACAAGGCUGCCUCAAGUGGCACCUCCUUGAACACCAGGAAACUCGAUGAAGACACAGAAAAUCUUGCUCAUGAGAAGGUUCCCACUGAAUUAAAGAAGGCAAUCAUGCAAGCUCGAAUGGACAUGAAGCUGACACAAGCUCAACUUGCUCAGUUAAUAAAUGAGAAACCCCAGAUCAUACAGGAAUAUGAAUCUGGAAAAGCAAUACCCAAUCAGCAGAUCAUUUCCAAACUGGAGAGGGCUCUUGGUGCAAAACUGCGUGGAAAGAAAUGAAAAAUUGUAGGGAUGAUAGUCGGCGUUCUGCACUUCCAUUGCCCUUGGAGUCGUACAAGUGGUGGUGUACAUGAACUUUUCCCUUUUCUUUUCCGUUUGGUUACUGUAUUACUCGUAUGACAGGACUCGAAAGAUGGUUUUUGGUUUCCUUGUGAAACGUGAUGUUCUGCUGCUGAAAAUAGAAGAAUCCUCCUAACUUAUGCUUAUAAAUCUUCAGUUUGUUCAA